CGGGAAGUGUUCUGGAGUGUCAGGCUGUGUGGGGCACCAUGGGCAGUGUGGGUCCUGUACGAUGUUCAGUCUGUGCAGGGCUGAAAUUGGUUAUAUUAAUACGCCCACGUCUUGCUUCCUAUGCAAUGAAGCACUCAGCCGUUGUCACAUGUGCCUGCUGUUAACCUUCAAACCUCCCAGAAAACCAAAGAAAAGAGUGGAGAUCAAAACAGCUGUCAAAAUAGCCAUGAAAUGUGUGUGAGGAACAGUCUGGCCGGGGUGGUAGAGAGGAUGUCUUGGUUUCCGAGGUUAAGAAUUGCCCAUUUACUUCUGGGCGCUACAGUGGGUCUGGGGACUGCCUGCAUCUCCUCAGGGAAUGUUAUGGCCAGCAGCACUGGUGGUGGUGGUGGGCAGACCAGCAAAAUGAUGUACGACUUCCGCACCCUGGCCUCCGUCAGUGAUUGGGUGGAGUCCUCAGACACUGUGAGGGAGCCCGGCAUGUCCAAGGGGGCGUUUGUGCUGCAGAAAACAAAGCUCUUCCAGAGGGCAGUGAUGUUCUCCAUGCUCAACCCUCAACCCAAUGGUGCCGGCUUUGUGGGCUUCUACACUGACGACCACUGGGACCUGGGCGCCUACUCUGGGCUGGAGCUGAGGGUGCGCAGCCAAGGGGACAACAGGGUAUACAAGCUGAACCUCCGGCACAACAGACAGGGGACGAAUGAAGUUGCAUAUGAAACCUUCUAUGAGGUACCUAAAAAUGAAUGGACAAAUGUUGUCCUUCCAUUUAGUGCCUUCAAGCCCUACUGGCGUGGCCAAGAGGUGCCCAGCGCCGGGCCGCUCAACACGGCCAACAUCACGUCUGUCACGCUGCAAAUUGUUGGGGGAGUUUACAGCGACUUCAAGCAACACGGGACGUCAUCUUUGGAGAUCGACUAUAUCCAGGCUGUGGUGUAAUUUUUUUUUCACCAACACAUUCCUCGAUCUUUGGAAUAAGUUUUUUUAUCUUAUACAAGUACCAUUGGUUGCUAAAUAUGAAAAAAAAAAAAAAUGGUACCAGAAAACAAAUGUACAGAGUAAGCCAACAACAUGAGUUAGAGAAAUUAAAGGUUACAAAGUUGUGAAACCAGGCACGAGUCUGGUUCCUUCCCUCAGUAUAGUUUGUAGGAAAGUAAUUCCUGCCAAACAGUGCUAAAACCAUGCUAAUGUAACAAAGAACUUACCUCAAAGAAUUAGUGGCGAGAUGAUGGAAAUAUUUGACUGUUGUAAGUUACACAGAAGUACUAUAUUGACUGUUGUAAGUUACACAGAAGUACUAUACCCAGUAUGUAUCAGAAAACAAUUUGCCGGAAGGCAAGGCAAGUCUAGGACUUUAAACUUUGGCUGCUUGAUACUAAAAACAAUUAGCACACAAGUCUGACGAGAAAGUUUUCACAGGAGAAGAGUUUCUGGAGAGCCGUGUAUAUAUAUAUAUAUCUCUCUCUCUCUCUCUCUCUCUCUCAAAUAGGUAAAUGCACACACACACACACACACACACAUUUGAAAAGGUUUUGGUAGAAGUUUUGGGUAUUAUCACAAAAUCAAAAGAAGUACAAUUUUACCUUUAUUUAAUUCCAUGUUACAACUAGGAUUAGAUAGGCAUUAACAUUAAUAUAAAUCUUAAUUGGUUUAUAAAAAGAAAACAAAACACUGGACUUCUCUCUGAAUAAUUAUAAUAAUGCCACAAAGUCAAACAUUGAGCCAACAUUCAUCUUCAAUUAUUUUUUGGGGAAGGGGGUCAUUUUCAUCUCCCCCUCUCCCCCAGAGAUUAAAUACAACUGUGCUUACUAUGUCUUUUUUUCUUUUCCUUUUCCUGUUAGUGACUUUUUUGUAAUGUCAUCUAGAUAUCUAAAUGUAUAUACCCACUACAUACAUAUUUUUUUGUGUGUGUAGAUUAAUAAAAAUACACCAAUUACA